AUGAGUCAAAUUGAUCAGUUAUUACUGUCAUUCUCUGAAAACAAAGUUGUGUAUUAUGCAUUAUUAUUUGCUUUACUCUUUGGAGUAGUAAAAGUCACAAUCUUGACACUCAAAUUUGUAUCUUUAAUUGCUGAUAUUUUCAUAUUACCUGCUGUGGAUUUCACCAAGUACGGAGCCAAUCAAGGCAACUGGGCGGUUGUUACGGGAGCCUCUGACGGAAUUGGGAAAGAAUUUGCUUUGCAAUUGGCCAAACGUGGCUUGAGUAUUGUUUUGGUAUCGAGAACUCAAUCUAAAUUAGAAGCUAUUGCAAAUGAAAUUUCUUCAAAGUAUAAAGUCAACACCAAGAUUGUUGCAUUUGAUGCUUCUACUGAUGACGAGGAAAAUUAUUCAGCUUUGAAAAAAAGCAUCUUUGAUAUACCCGUUACUGUGUUGAUCAAUAAUGUUGGACAAUCACAUUCUAUUCCCGUUCCGUUCUUGGAAACUGAAACUAAGGAAUUAAAGGAUAUUAUCACCAUCAACAAUACUGCUACAUUAAGGAUCACUCAAAUUGUUGCACCUGUGAUUAAGUCCAGUGUUGAGAAAUCCCACAAGAAAGUCAAAGGUUUAAUUUUGACCAUGGGUUCAUUUGGUGGGUUGUUGCCAACGCCAUACUUGGCCACUUAUUCGGGUUCAAAAGCAUUUUUACAAGCUUGGUCAAAUGCUUUGGCGGGCGAAUUGAGUUCGUUUGGUAUAGACGUUGAUUUGGUGAUUUCUUAUUUGGUGACAUCUAGCAUGUCUAAGAUCAAACGGCCAUCAUUGACUAUCCCUACUGCUAAGCAGUUUGUUGCAUCGACAUUGCGAACAGUUGGUCGCAGAAACGGUGCGCAAGAAAGAUAUGCUACGAAUACACCAUACUGGUCACACGCAUUGAUGCACUUUGCUAUUGAGAAUACUGUUGGUGUUUAUUCGAAAUUUGCAAAUAGAAUGAAUUUGAAUAUGCACAAAAGUAUCAGGCAAAGAGCAUUAAGGAAACAAGCGAGAUUAGCUGCAGCAAAACAGGACUGA